AUGGCACCCGCGAAACGAUCAAGAUCUCCAUCCCCAUCCCGAGUAGAUAGAAGCAAGAAGCCUUGCAAAUUGUCCUUCGAGGACGAAGAACUCAUGAGACGAAACGCCCAGCGUGAAAAACUUAAGCAGCAUUUCUCAAGCUCAUCGAUGACCUCACGUACACAAACUAAACUGCCCUUCCCCCGACCCCUUGGGCCAAGAGGAACAAUCACCCGGGAAUAUUCAAUGUUGGAAAGCGAUUCGGAAAUUGAAGACUUCGAAAGUCUUACUCCACCUGACAAACGCUUCAACGUCUGUUCUCUAGGCAUCCACCCGACACGCAGAUCUGUUCGGCUUCCAACCCCUUCCCCUUCCUUCGCUCUGAAGCAGGUUGAUGAAGGAAAAAAUACGAACGUACAGAAGGACGAAGCUGAAAGAUCAAGUGAUAGUGCUAAAGGGAAGGGAAAGGAGGAGAUGAAGCAGGUAGAAGAGUCAAAGAAACAUGGUCAAGAGGGAACAACUACUCCUCAUGGUACUCGAACACCUUCUAGCUCCUUCCCAAAUCACCUCAUCCUUACUUUUGAUACUCCUAUCAAGACGAACAAUGCUCAAACUAAAACCAAGACUUCCACUUUGCCAGACGAAGAUGAUAUGACCGUCUGGCAGCUGGGAUCCGUCAAUUUCCAUAGGGCUAUCCAUGAAGAUCGCGAGAUCGACACUUCCUUCCUGACGCUAGAUCACAAGUUUAAAGUACGAGACUACCGAGCAGCUCAAGCGAGUGGUAAUGGCGGGUCAGCAGCUGUUGUCGAACCUCCUCAAAGUGCUGAAAAUUAUAAGCCAAAAUCCAGAUGUGAGAAAGAGGUAAGAUCGAGAGCAGGAAAAGACAAAGGUGAUGAAGAAGUGGUUAUCGAGGUUCAGAUCUCUAGAGGUGAAGGUUCAGAGAUUGUCAUAGAUUUGUCGGCGAUGGAAGCCAGGCGGGUCAAGGUCAAAGUGAAGAGUAGCGGAUAA